UACUUAUAGUGUUUGUAAGAAAAUCAUCGUUUGUUUCAUGUUAGGCCAUUCCAUAAAUUAACUUAUAGAUCGAAAGUCGAAAACACUACGGAUAUAUGGAAUUUGGCGUCGGACUGUUCAGAUAGCAAGAGUGUUGGUUUAAUAAGCGCUGUCACACAGAUACUGAGAGUACCCUUAAAUAUGCAUAAUCUCUGAAUUCAUAAACUCAGCAACGCAGACAUUUUGACCCAGGAGUUUUGUCCGAAAUUAAAGAUACGAGAUAGGGAAAUCUUAAGUGCGGAAUUUUAGGUAUAUAUAUUAUUGAACGAUGUUUCGUCACUUGUGCAUACAACUAUGUUUUCUGCUGGGAUUAUCCAGCGUUAUAGUUGCCGCGUCCGCAAAACUGCCCUACCCGUACGUGUUGGAGGCUGAACAUCACGUGCUCUCGGGCCGGAUCUUUCACGAUGCACUGCCGGGGGUGCGCGUGCCAAUGGAGACGGAGACGCGACCGGAAGAUACACCACAGGAUGCCUCGGCGGAAGGAAGCGGAGGGUUCCUGAGGAUCACGUACCAUAAAGUAACGGAGGUGCCAACGACGCACAAGUUGAGCACACUGCAUACCAGCCCGGAUACAACCGUCACUGAGGAUCCGAAUGUGCAGGUGACAACAAGCACAGAAACCACCGGGACUCACACACAGGGGGAAACAGCAAAACUAACAAGCGAAAAGGACAGCGAGCCCGCAACAACUCGCCAAAGUUUUGUGCCAACCAGAAACACGAUCACGAAUCCGGGCAGCCCGGCACUGACCGACGAACAGAGCGACUAUGUACAAGAUGAGAUAGCAGAUACAGCGAUUGUAAAAAUAUUUCCACAAAAUGUUCAACCCGCCCCACAUAUACACAGCAAGAUUCACCUCAUUCAUUCAUCACACCUUCAUCAUAAGGUUGUUGACCAUAGAGUCCAUAAAAGAAAUGCAGUAGAACACUUUAACAUCAACGCUUAUCCAGUAAAUAUCGAUAAAACUGUCGGUAUAGACAGUUACAGUAACCGUGAUAAUGGCGGUGUUGACAUUGGUGUACAUAAUCCUGACUUUGAUCCAGAGAAAGCCUUCCGAAACGAGCUUGAUCUAAUUAAUGAUGCAGAAAAUAGAAUAGGUGUUUUUAUAAGACAGAAAAGGAACGUACAAGAAGCCGAGGCACAGGCAGUGCGCUCUGAUCCACUAGCUGAACAUUUCGUUGUGAAAGAGACGACCGCGUUUACUGUCGACAAGGAAGGCUACAUUAUUGUGGAUGAUUCAGAAAUUCUUGCUGAGCACAGUUUGAUUGAUUUUUUCGUUUGCCUUGUCAACGAUGAUGGUGUCAUAUUGUCCAAUCCUGUGGCGUUUAUCGUACACGUGGAACGGCCUGGCGGUGGCAGCGGCUAUCCGGCAGUACCAGCCGUGUUCGCGGGCGUGCUCGUGUUAAUCGUGGUUCUCCUUGCCUUCAUCAUCCCACUUGUGACACGUGCAAAAAGGCGCCACAAGCAGGGCAAACCACUCUUUAAGCUUGGAUCGCAUCCGUCCACUGUUGAUCUACGCGGGGCAGAGAGCCAAGCGAGCCUGCGCUACAACAAGUCUGAGCCUGAUUGGUACGGCAACAACGCGUACAGCUACGAGGAGGAGGUAGAACAGGGGAAAAGGGACUUCACCAGGGGCCUACGGCAGAUCUCAAACCCUCCAGGAUCACCCACCACCGAACCACCCACACUUCAGCUCAACAAAAAGCAACAUCUAAAUGAGACACUUAGUGAUAGGUCAAGUAGCUCCGGUAUUGGCUCGACCGAACAACUCGGUGCGGAUGGAUACAGCGCCGCAGAGGAAUCGUUCAAUCAGAGGUUUUAACACGGUUAUAUGUUCUUGCAAUGACCUUAUGUAGCAUACAUCAUUUCAGGAAGGUUUAUGGAAACUUAGAGUUCGUUUCCCACACGGGUUCUUUCUUCCGGACAUCAGUGUUGGGUUCUACCAAGAACUGACAGGGAUUCCAUGACAUAAUUAAAGGCGCACAUAUGGGGUUAUACAAAUGCUUUUUGAUUUUAAUGCAUUGUUAUGAUAAAUUUAUUUGAAUUUUAUUAUUAAAACCAUAAAAGGCAUAGAUAAAAAUGCAUGUUUUUAGAAAUGAAAACAAUUAAUGGCGACGUGGCCACAAAUUCUCAGUUACUAGAGGACCAAACUAUCGCUUAUAUUUUGAUCUGUAUAAUAUCUUAUGUGCGCCUUUAAGACUAUGUUACAAUACCGUUUAUAUAUAAAUAUUUAGUUGAAAUGGAUUUAAUUCUUCUAUUCUGCUAUGAUGACCUCAAGUGCCAAGGUUUUGCUUUUUUCGGACAUUUUAUGCUCUCUUUUACCAAACGUCUAUUGAACAAUGCGAAAAGCUGGAGGUUGCAGUAAACCCAAAUAAUAGUACAAUGAUCACCAAUAAACCAAAUAAAAGAAAUGGAUUUGAAGCAUUUACUUCGAAUCCCAAAAUAAACAGUGUAUGAUAUGAUUUUGAAACAACACCUAUUGUAAAUUUCUGAUAUUGUUGUGUAAUCAGUUGUUUUCGAAACACGUUCCACUUAUAGCAUAAGUUCAAUUAAAAUUUCACGAAAAUAAUCAGCAAAUAAAUUUCAUCAUAAGACAGUAUGAAUUAAACACGUGCUUUAUAUACUUAGCAAACAAUUAAGGUUUUAUCAUAUACUAUUGCAAACCAACGCUUAAAAAAUAAGAAAAGUAAUCCAGGUAACCAUUCUCGCGAUAAUACUAAUAUAUAAUGUACCAAAAUUGACUGUUUUGUGAUGAUUAGGGUUGUGUGAUUAAUUGAUAGAGUUAUAGAUUUAUAAACGGUUAUAAACGAUGAAAAUAUCGUGUAAAACACAAAAAAUGUGUUCCAUGUUCUAACAACAGAAUAGAAAACUAAAUCAGUGACAUAAAUUGUAUCUCUUAAUCUUACCCGGACUAUUUACAGUCGUAUUUAACGCAUCUUUAAUCAGGAUCGUUAUAUGUAUGAAUGUAGCCUAGUACAGUAGACCAUAUUGAACUGAUAGUUAUCGUAAAUCGUAAACACCACAUAUUACAAACGUUUGUUGUUGUUGUUUCUUGUUUGUUUGUGUUUGUCACCCUGCUGCGUAUGUUUAACCCGGAUCUGUUUGUUUCUAUAUUUCAGUGAAAUGUUGAACAGUCUUUAAGUAGUCCGGUGUGAUAUAAUAUGGAAGAGCAUACGGCUAAUACUGAUUAAACCCCCACUUUAUUUAUUGUUGUCAAAAUUGAUUGAACCAGUAUGCUCUUCUUUAAUAUAUCUCUCGAAAUACAAAUAAGGUAUUAUUAACCAAUUCUGGUAAGCAUAUUCAAAAUGGUGAUUGGAAAAAACAUAGGAGAAGGAUAUAAUUGCAUAACAAUAACAUUUUUGAGUGUCUUAUUUAAAUAAUCGCAUGUGCCAUAUUUGUGUUUUUCUGUGUUAUGAAAGGAUUGUAUUUAAGAAAGCAUGCCUACCACUAGAUAACUAACAUCCCUUUCAUUAACAUGUUUUUCAUCAAAUACAAUAGGGUUAUUAGAACAGGCUUUUUUAUCCGGGAGUAUUUUAAUUUGGCGUUUACAUAAAUCCGAGAAUCCGAUUUUGUAGAAAUGUACUUUCCUCUAAAUAAUAGCAUUUUAAAAGAUUAACUAUUUUCAUUUUUUAACUAAAAUUAUUGUAAAAUGGAAUAUUCUGUCAUGCUGUAUUAAAAGAUUUUAGUUAUACAUAUGGAAUCGUGUAAAACGCGUAGCAAAAUGCAAAUUUGUUAGUUUCAAAACUAUUGUCUAAUAUAUUGCGACAACUUUGACUCCAUGUUAAGAUUGUUAUGGUCAAACAUGCUCUCUGGUUAUGUACAAUAAUAUUUGUUAUAGGCAAACAAUAUUAAUGAAUCGAAUUCUGACGAUUCUGCGAAUGCACACAUUUCAAAGAAAUCUAUUAUUAUGGGAUAUUUUGGCAAGCAUCUUGGACGCCAUCUUGAAAUCCAUGUUAAACGUGAUUUUAUUCAAAAUGUUGUUGGAAUACUUAAAUAUUUUUUUUCUAAUCAAAGCAAUAUCAUUUAGAUACCUUUUGAUUAAUCAACAUGCAAAUUGAAAAAAAAAUCAUUAGAUCAAUAUUUUGUACGUUUGGGGGUCAUCUUGGGCGCCAUUUUUAUUAUAUACUAUCUGUAAUACUUUUGGGAUAUAAUAUAACACAUUUCCUUUCUUCUACAACUUUAAAUGGGAUGAUCUCUAUGUUCAUGUUAUAAUAUUUCAACGUCAGACAUAAGCUUGACACAGUUAAAAGCUUUUAAGAAGCGUUCAAGGUGAAUGAUUUGAUAGUAUUUGUGGAAUCCUUUUUUGAGUACAAAAUUCCAACCCGAGGGCUCGUGCGGAAGCCGAUUAAGAAGCUUGUAGACUUUCCGACUGCUCAGCGCUUCGAAGGGUCGGAUUAAUUUUAGUCAUACAAUGGUUUGUCCUAAUAUACUUUUGAACACAGUGGCGGCCAUAUUGUUCCUCGGAUUAAUGAAUUGAUGUAGACUAUCAAAAUAUCCAAAUUCUUUUACUAUAAACCGCCAUGAAAUUAUGUGCACUAUAUUACCUAAAUGAUCACUGACAUCAUACUAUUGUUUUUACCCUAACUAUCACUCGCUACGUGUUUGCCUACUAAAUCUUCAAGAAAACGUUUCAUUUGCCAUAAAAACAAUACAAAUUUAAUUUAAUUAUUUCGUGGCUUGUGCGCGCUGAUGCAGACAAUAAUUACUAUUCAGAUGUUUUCGUAACAAUAUGAAAGUCAUCACAUGUUCCUGAACAAUGUAUUAUUAUGUUUAAUUAUGAUUGAUCGUGUAAGCUAAAAGUUUGCUAACUAUUGUUUUAUAACAUGAACCAUUAGUAUUCAUCUGUUGCCACCUUUCACGUCAAGAGUUUCAAUCAUGUUAUUGUGUGUUAUUUCCUAUAAGUGUGGCUUAUAUAAGCUUUUGAAUAUUUAUUACAUGCAUAUUAGUUGUUUCAUCUACGGUAUGACUAUAUCUGAAGGAAAUUCAAAUCCAAGCAAAGAUGCAGUACAAUAAUAAAUAUAAUUGUUAUUUUUUCUUUCACACCUUAAAAGUUUAAUUAGUAUUAAAAUGACGAAGUGAACGCACUUUAUUGCAUUUCACCAAAAAACGCAAGUAAAGUUGUUUACUGACGUCAUCAUGCGUAGUUAUUUCAGUUAAAUGAUGACGUCAAACAGUGCCCAUGCAACAGCGGAUUUAUAAGAUGAUUUCAUUCGUUUUGUAAAUAUACAAUUUGCAAAAACAUAUUGCGCUCUAUUGAAAUGUCCCUAUUAAUUUUCAUAAACUACAUAAUUAUAUAAAUACAUGUAGGGAAACACGUUGUUGCGCGUGACUGAUCUGGCCUAGGGGUGCCAUACUGACUGUUCAUAAAACACCAUAUUUACCGGAAAAGAACACACAUAUACAGUCAUGUUAGGUGAACAAAUGCGUAAAGUAUAAAUAAAAUAAAGACUUGUCCAAGUUACACUUAUAUUAUCAUAUCUCGAUUGUCUGUUCUGAAAAAAACGACGAAUUUAUAGACUGCUGUACGUGAUAAGAAUAUAUGACUAUGUUUUAAUAGGAUAUUGUUGAAUUUACAAAUACCUGUGAUGAAUUGUUAAAUGUUAAUUGUAUUUGUAAAUACGAUAGUAAUUUAUGAUGAAAUAAAACAAAAACAUCC